AUGAGCUCCUACAACAAGACCGACGCCGAGCUCGACGCCGACUGGCAGCCCAGUGGCCGUCGUCCCCAGUCCACAAUAGCUCGCUCCUUUAGUGCGGAGCUCAUGGACAUCUUCAAGAUCGAGAACAGCAUCGAUGACCUCGACAACCAGGUCAAGACUCGCCAGCAGCAAGUGCGUGGUCAUACCAGCGAGCUCGAAUCUCUCGAGGCCCGCAUCCGCGAGAUGGAGGAGCGCCUCAAGAGCGGAGGUGCUGCCGUGCCCAUGGGCUCGCCUCGCGGCCAGCGACCAGCCGUCGACGGCGCUUUCCAGACAGCUUCGGCCGACGACGCCCAGAAGACCCAGACGUCACGCCCCAACACUGCCAAGCCAACCCAGCAGCAGCAGCCGCUCCACGGAGGUGCCAUGCCCCCUACCCCCACAGCCAGCGAAGACGGCGGUGACCGCGACCAAUAG